UUGGACAGUAGAGCACUGGGUUAAUGUUGUAGUCUGCAGGAGCUGCCUUGAGCUGAAGUAAGCUUCUCGCUUAGCUUCCUGUUCUUUUUUUUCUUUAGUAAAACAAAACUCAACACGGUCAACCGAAACUAACCAGUUGCCCGGUGGUUGUUGAAGAUACGAGACGCUCACCGUGAUGAUUGAUUGGACCGAGGAGUGAAGCACAUUCUGGGAGGAGCCGAGGCGUCUUUAAUUUAUGAGAAAUCAGUCUGCUAACGCCGUGCUCAUCGAGAUGUCCUCCAGCUUAACUUGGCAUUACCGUAACGACGUGGGACAAGCAUGUGCGUUGCCAUGGUGAUCAUUUACCCCAAAACGCUGGAAAAGAAGGGUGCCGAUGAUGUAACAACCAAACGCACAAAUUUUGUCCCGUUCCAGGCACAGACCAUGAGCCAGGGGACAGCACUUUUCUCUUGCGGACUCAUGGACACAAGCCGGUGGAGGGACAUGGGUCACAGGUGUGCCAUACAGCGGAGGCCAGUUGGAACCAGCCUGGAGAGCCUGUGGGAUGUUCUGCCAGAAGUGCACACAAGUUCUGCCCACUGGGACUGGGAUGUUGGCUCCACUUCGAGCACAAUCACUAACUUGUUGCAGGACCUAAGCCUAACUGAGGCCUCGCACUCCACCGCUCCCCCCAGCAAACGACAGUGCCGGUCCCUGUCUUGCUCAGACGAGCUCAGUGGUUGUCGCUCUUCCUGGCGUCCUCAGGGCUCUCGCGUGUGGACAGCUGUGGAAAAGCGGAGGUGCCACAGUGGAGGAAGCGUCCAACGCAGCAGUAUUGGAAACAUGCAGAGUGGCUUCGCGGGCAUGCAGCGCAGCUCCAGUUUCAGCCUGCCUGCCCGAUCCAACACCCUUGAGCUGCCGUCUUUCACCCAGCGCCCUCCAUGGUCUUCUGCGUUCACCAGCCUGACUCCCUCCUCCUCUUCCUCAGUGCCCCUGUCCUCCGACCCUUCAUCGCAGCCCCUCUACCUCUCUCAUGAACAAAUUUGCCUCCCUGAGCCUCGUGGACCGUCACCUCCCAGCUCCCCCGACUCCACUCCAGAACUGGAACGCCGUGGAGGACAGGGGGGUCUUCCCCGUAGUCGCUCACAGCCAUGCGUCCUCAAUGAGAAGAAGACUGGUGUGAAGCGCAGGAGACCAGAUGACACACACAAACAGAGGCCUUCACUGGAUCUGGCAAAAAUGACACAGAAACUUCGGAAUUUCCACAGUCUGAGCUGCCCGGGAUUCAUGGGCGAGGACGGCCGCGAGUCCAGCCAGGCUACCCCCACCCUCAGGAGCACCACUCAGCACGAUACUGACGACUCAAACGAGCACAGCUUCAAGGACAUUCAGCCUCAGACCAAAGAGGGCGAGAUCACCAGCACCGUGUCGUCAGACACCGCUACAGAGGAUGCAGACUGGAACUCCACGGAUUGUGACGACAUGACACCAGGAACGACCAAUGGGAAAGACAGUGAGCCUUUCUGGGCGGGUCUGUGUAGCAUGAGGAAGGAUCAGCUUGGAGGCGAGCUAGAUAUUGAACAAAUUGAGAGGAACUGAGCGGGACUGCCUUCCUCCUGGGGGAAGCUAAUUUAGAGGACUGAAAGAAAAACAGCGCUGAUAGUCUUAAGGAAAAAGCAAGUGGAAAGCUAAUACAAUGAGCGUUCUAGCACUUGUCUUUAUUUUUUCCCUUGUGGAGAGCUUUGAACAGGAGCUUUGUGUGCUAAACGCCUAUUUUUGUGGACUUUGUGUAGUCAGAAGCUACUCCCCCACUGUGUGGUAUCUUAAACGUGUCUCAGGAGAACAAGAAAGUCAGGGAGGAUGGAUGUGGGUGAAAAUAGAAC